AUGCGCCUCUCAUUAACGUUACUCAUGGCUGCAGCUGCGAAGUUUGUCAUGAUUCUAGCUGCAAUCGUAUACUCCGUUGGAGGCUCCAAAAGAGGAAGAAGCGCUUGCCGAAAGCAAUUUCAAUCUCGCGGCCGUACGCUUCAUGAGUUAGAAAUGCAGCUGAAUUUGGUCUACGACUGCUUGCUGGGAAAGUUCGCUGAAAUCGCGGAUUUGGAACCUGAAGUUUUCCUUAAUUACACCAAAGGAUCGAAACUGAUCACUCACUCGGCUCAACUCAGAGGGAAACGGGGAUUGUUGGACGAUUUCAGAGAGUUCGUCGAAGAGACACCCUGUGAUAGCUUCGGAUGCUUUGUGAACAAGAAAAGACAUAGAGCAACAUGCGUUUUCACAGUUAAAACUGAAAACAACAACAACAACUCAGAAGAUCACGAAGAUCACGAAGAUCAUGAGAUUGAUUAA